AUGGAAAUACCCGAUCUGGACCCCGCCGUCCACCUGCAUGCCCUCAAGGCCGGCCUCCGACCCAGAAAAUUCAGAGAGACGAUCGCAAUCACCAAGCCGAAGACAUUAGAGGAGUUCCGAGAAAGAGCAUCUGGACAAAUGGAGAUUGAAGAACUCCGUGAAGCCAACAAAACAGAAAGAAAACCUAGAAGAGAGGAAGACAGAACGCCAAGGACGGCGAACAAUAAAGAGCUCAGCAAACCAUUCAAGCUCACCCCAAAAUUCAACAACUACACCAAAUUCAACACAAGAAGGGAGAAGAUCAUCAAAGAAAUACUCAACGCUAAAAUCAUAAAACCACCAGCAAGGGCUGGGAGCUAUCAAGACCAAAUAUUUGUUGACAAAAGCAAGCACUGUGCCUUCCACCAGAAGUACGGACACACAACCGAUGAGUGCGUGAUAGCCAAAGAUCUAUUGGAAAGAUUAGCUCGGCAAGGACUCCUAGAUAAGUACAUCGAAGGAAGGAAACAUAAAGACGGCGACAGAGACAAAGAAGAGCGCCAACAAACCUCGAGAAACAAGGAAGCCAAUAAGUGGACGAACAACACCCCACCUAAAGGGGUUAUAAACUGCAUAUCUGGAGGAUUCGCUGGGGGAGGCGAAACAACUUCGGCAAGAAAACGCAGCUACCGCGCAAUGCUGGCAAUCGAAGCAACAACACCACAUAACAAUAAUGACGCACCCGAUCUAGAAAUCACUUUCAACCAGAAGGACAUAUGCUCAGCCGCACCACAUUCAGACAACCCAGUGGUAAUUUCCAUCCAAACAGGCAAGCUAUUGGUAAGAAACAAGGACGGAUGUAUUCAUUGGGGAGUGGGGGCAACUGCCCCCAGUGAAAUUCCAAAAAUGUCUUAG